AAAUAAAAUGAAUACCUCAAAGUUCAAUAUUAAUCGAAAUAAUGUAUGGGAAGGUGCUGUAAGAGGUGUGAGAAGAAGUUCAUUUUGUCCAAACAACAACAUUUCAGUUAAGUUUUCAGAUGACUCGGGUAAAAUUGAAGAAGCAGUGGAUCUGGGCGGUCCCAGGAGAGAGUUUUUUAGACUCCUGAUGAGCUACAUCUCGAAAUCGAGUCUUUUUGAAGGAUCUGAUUCUUCCAAAAAUCUCAGUCUGGAUUCUAGAGGAAUCCGUGAAAACUGUUAUUUUGAUACUGGAAGAUUUAUUUCAAUUUCGUUGGUUCAUGGUGGUCCUUCUGGUUUUUUUUCUGAGAUGUUAUUCAAAAGUAUUGCAUAUGGUCCAGAAACAAUUCAACCGUCUUUGGAUGAUGUUUGUGAUUUUGAAAUUGCAUCAAAAAUUAAAAAGUUUGCAGAUUGUUCUACUAUUGAAGAACUGAAGACUUUGAUUAAUGAAAAUCUAGAUUUUUUAACAAAUGCUGGCUGUUUAAGGACAGUGAAAGUCCUAAAUGAUAAGAACUGGUUAGUAAAAGAUUUACUAAUGUUCAAUGUAAUUCAUCGAGUUAGAGGCCCAUUCGAAAGCUUGUUGAAAGGAUUGGAAACUUUAGGCAUACUUCAACAAAUUAAGCUUCAUCCAAAUUUAUUUUUGCCAUUGUUCUGUCAUAAACCAUUGCCUCUUACUGCUGAUGUUAUAGAUAAUCUAUUCCAAAUUCGUUUUUCACAAAAAGGAAGCAACGCAUUUUUAGUUGAACAAAGAAUCGUGAGCUACUGGAGAGAUUUUCUUCAAGAUGUAGAAGAGCGGCAAACUUCAGCAACUUUGGGUGGAAUUUUGGUAUUUGCAACAGGUGCUGAUUGUGUGCCUCCUUUGGGUUUUGAACCUGCUCCAAGUAUUGAAUUUCUACAUUCUGCAACCAAUGAAGAAUGUUUGCUUCCACUUGCAAACACAUGCAUCAAUUGUUUGAAGCUUCCAAUACAUUCAACUUUUUGUAAUUUCAAGUCCAAUAUGGACUUUGCCAUUAUUAAUACGCAAGGCUUUGGUAGGCAAUGAUUAUUUUUAUUGUUAAAGAGGCACAACUUCUUCUAACUUCUUUUAACACCUUAAUGACUACACUGUGAUUUAGAGAUGCAGCUGUG